AUGGCUUUCCACACUCGCUCUAACAGCUUCCCUUCAAUGCCACACCCGAUCGUUCAAGAAGUUGACGAACAUUUGUGUAGACUGAGGUCUUCUGAGGCCGCCUCCACAUCUUCAUCAUCAAUAUGCCACAAACUAAGUGGCCUCCAAGACUUGCAUGAUUGUGUUGAUAAGUUGCUUCUGUUGCCUCUCACGCAGCAAGCCUUGGCCAAAGAGCAGAACAAGAAAUGGACUAAUGAGCUAUUAGAUGGCUCUCUCAGACUCUUGGAUGUUUGCAGCAGCGCCAAGGAUGCUAUCUUGCAAACCAAGGAAUGCUUUGGCGGCAUCCACAGACGUAAGUCCCUGCCAAUAUCUUUGUUAGUAGAGGAGUGA